CCUGCUAUUGGUGCUGUGUUGCACCUUGUUGGCUCGCAUGAGUAUCAGUGGUUCACAUGUUUUCCACAUGUCUGCAUGUUUUCUCUAAUAUUACACAAAUAUGAAUGUGUCAAUUAGUGGCCCUAAAUGUGGCUGAGAGUCUGCCUGGUGAUGGACUGGUGACCUGUCCUCUCCCAUAGAUCCAGCACCCUGAAGCCCUGAUGAAAAUAAAUCAGGAAAGCAGAAUGGUAAAGAUAUCUUGGCUCAUACCAAAUGUGAUCCCGAGAUGACCAGCCCAUGCACCGUAGUGAGAAAAGUUAAACAAAAGUGGCUACAUGGAUGUGGGGAACCGUGCCAUUCAUUAAUCUAAAUCGCUUUCAGAGAAGAAACUGUCAAUGUUGUGGAUUUUUAUGAAAUAUUAAUAACCGAAGAUUGUGUUUUAUAGCAGUGCGAAGUGUCAAGACUUUCUAGAAUGGUAAUAGUUAUUUAAACAGACCGAAUUGAAUCGUGUAUGGUGUUUAAUGUACGAUUGACGGGGUUACCCGGAACCUUCGUUUCGCCAGUCUCUGUUUCAGCCGGAUUGACGUACCCUUCCGUGGAUUGUUUGUAUGGCGGUUCGAAAGUAGACAUGUCUGUUUUAUUAUGAUAAAUGGCAGCAUUACUAUUCGCCUUGGUUAUUCAGAGAUAUUGAGAAAGUACUGUAGACUACUACAGGACAAGUUUCGCUUUACCUGCGCUGUACUAUGUUUAAAAAGAUGACGGAAUUUGGUCCAGAUUCCGGGGGACGCGUUAAGGGAGUUACCAUUGUGAAGCCCAUUGUGUUUGGAAAUGUUGCCCGAUACUUUGGGAAGAAGAGGGAGGAGGACGGACACACUCACCAGUGGUCUGUCUAUGUGAAGCCUUACAGAAAUGAGGAUAUGUCUGCAUAUGUGAAGAAGAUCCAGUUCAAGCUGCAUGAGAGCUACGGCAACCCGCUGAGAGUGGUUACUAAGCCUCCAUAUGAGAUCACAGAGACAGGCUGGGGAGAGUUUGAGAUCACCAUCAAGAUCUUCUUCAUUGAUCCAAAUGAAAGACCUGUUACUCUCUACCACCUCUUGAAGCUGUUCCAGUCAGACUCCAGUGCCAUGCCCAAGAAGACAGUUGUCUCUGAAUUUUAUGAUGAAAUGAUCUUUCAGGAUCCCACAGCCAUGAUGCAGCAGCUGCUGACAACCUCGAGACAGCUCACCCUGGGAGCGUACAAGCAUGAGACAGAGUUCGGUGAGCUGGAACAGAGGACAAAAGAGAAAAUGGAUGCAGCAAAGAAGAGAACCAGCCAAGAAAUCACAGAGCUGAAGGACAAACUGAAAGCCAGCAGAGAAAACAUCAACCACCUGAAGGCAGAGAUCCGGAAACUGGAGGAGGAUGGAGACCACAAAGAGCACUAAAGACAGAACGGGCGUGUCGAACAUAGAGGGGGAAUACUUAGUGAUCUGUAAUGCAUCUGUCUUCGAUCGUUGUAGUGGUUCACUUUGAGAUUUCUUUUUAGUUUGAUCAGCAUUUGGAAUUCAUGUCAAAUGUCUCCAUCGGUUAUCUUCAUACAAUUCAUUUCUUGAUGCAAUCAUUUCUCAAAAAGAAAGUAGGAUUUCCCUUCAUGAAAAUCACCUCCUUCACAUGACAUCUGAGAGGAUGCUGCCAAAUCUCAGUCAAACUCCUUAUUUGGCUUUUUCUUUUUCUUUAUUUUUUUUACUGGUGUAAAGUUUUUAUAAAGUGAUUGUGUUUGUA